AGGUGUAUGAAGCUUUCAGAAUUUUUCUAAGUGUCUUCGGUUGCUAUCGAGAUGGCUUCGUAAGGUCGGAACAGGCCAGAGAAACUCGCAGGAACUUCAAAUCAAAAAGUCAUUUCGCGGAACAAAAAUUAUCAGAAUGGUCCAACCACCUUUUCAGACCAUCUGCUGUGUUCAGCCAUCGAAUGGGCAGCAGCCGUUCUUGAUCUCUGCCUCUGGUCCCGUCAUCUGCUCGUUAGAUCUCAAGACGGGCUCACUGCUGAGUCAGUGGCCACGACACACUGAAGAACCUGGUGAAGAUGGAGUAUCCACCAAUCCGACGGAAGACGACCAGGGCAGGCCGAUGAAGAGACGACGUCUUGAUGAAGAAGAGCCAGUCAAUGUUGCUCGGAAAGAUUCGGAGAACCCUGCCGAGACAAUCUCGGAGCCAAAGAAGGGAGAACAACAGAAGCCAAACGUAACGCAUAUCAUCACCACCAGUGACGGCGCAACAGUCGUAACUGUCACCGCCGAGGACAAGUCGAUCAAUGCAUUCAAUGUCGAACCGGAGGGGGUCUUGAGCCUCCAGAGCCAGAGAUCGAUGCCGAAACGUGUUUGUGCCAUCGUCUUGACGCCAGAUGAGAAGAAUAUCCUGGUUGGAGAUAAGUUUGGAGAUGUCUAUCUGCUUCCUCUGCACCCAAGGGACGACUGGACGCCUCCCAAGGUGGAUCAAGAUGAACAAGAGCGACCAUUCACCCCCUCGGCUUCGGAACUGACAGUCCACAGCAAGCGCAAUCGGGAGGCGUUAAGAAACCAACGAGAUCUGAAAAUCAUCAGACCCAAGAAGGAAGGGCCAAAUUUCGAACGCAAGUUGAUACUGGGACAUGUCUCAUUGCUGACCGAUGUGGCCAUCACUGAAGUUCUGGAUGGUCUCAAACGGAAGCAGUACAUCUUGACCGCCGACAGAGAUGAACAUAUCCGAGUAUCUCGAGGUAUCACGCAAGCGCAUAUCAUCGAAGGCUAUUGCUUGGGGCACCGCGACUUUGUCAGCAAAUUAUGCAUCCCACCGUGGGAACCCGAGUACCUCAUUGCGGGAAGUGGUGAACCUUCCCUGAAAGUACACCACUGGCGUACGAGUCGAUUGAUCGACGAAGAGCUUUUCCAAGGGGCUAUACGACAAGAUCUUGAAAGACACUUGGAUGUCACUUCUGGUGAACGGUCGAUGGAGCAUCUAGCUGUGUCCAACAUUUGGCCAGUUCAUUACUCGGUGGGUGGAAAUUCACCCUAUUCUCAUCAACCGCCGCACUGUCUCCUGGUGGCACUGGAAGGACUUCCUUUACUACUUAGCUACAACUUGACAAAAGAGGGUAAGCUUCAACAUCAUCAGACCGUAGAGCUAGGGGGAAAUGCCUUGGAUGUCGCCGUAGGACCAGCACUAUGGGACAUCGUGGUCAGCAUAGACACUGUGCAUAAGCCAGGCUCCGUCAAGGAAAUCAAACGAGAAGCCGUACCCAAGUCGAAUUUCUUCGAGACGUUCAGUUUGUUCUCGAAUCUUUCGCAGAAUGCCAACGGCACGGCUCCCGCGGCUGAACAGCCUGGACCCGAAUUGAGAUGGGAACGAUCGAGUCUUGCUGUGCUUCUGAACGACGCUGUACCCAUGUCCGAAACAUCGGACCUGUCACAGGAUAGUAAGUCGAAGGGCAAGGGCACAUACAGCGCACUGGGAGAACAACUAUAUGGCCUGGAGAACUUGCGCAAAAGGAGGGGCGACCAGGACCAGCCCAUGGACGCUGACGACGAAGAGGCUGGAGAAUCUCCUGCUAUAGCUGUAUAGCCAAUCAAG